CCCCUUCCUUACUCAGAUGUUAAAUUACCUCAAAGCUUGAAUCGUGCGGAAAAUCUUUUGCGUUUUUCUUCUCCUCUUCCUUCUCUCUUCCAAUAACGAUAGUAGAGAUGCUCGAUUGCAGCUUAUCCGAUCCGUGGGUAGGCGGCAAUUUCGCACCUUGUUUUCGGGAAGCUGUUUUAGACGGUCUGAUCCCGAUCGCGCUGUUUGUUUGGUCAGUGUCUGCCGUCCUUUUCAGCUACGUUCGUCAUGUUCGCAGAACGUCGGCAGUCUACACGCCACUGAAGAGCAAUCAACCAAGCAAUUAUGGCGGUUAUGGCGCCACCACCGUGCCCUCGAUCACUGAAGACGAUGAACGAGUUGACGACGAUGCUUCGUCCUCUGACAGUACCAUAUCUCCUUUAUAUGAAGAACGUUCGCUGCGAUGGUCGUUUUACAAUUGUACAAGAUUGGCAGCAGCCACGAUCCAAGUCGCCGUAUACCUCUACUCGCUGGGACAGUUGGUGACUGAGCACUAUGACUUUGAUGAAUCCGUGGAAGGAAGUAAGCUGACAUUAACGGCAGCACUUGUUGCAAACCUCAUUUUUUGGGGAUAUGCACUGUUGAUCUCCAUCGCCAACAUCUUGCUGACAGCAACGUCCAAGAAGCCCGUUGCAGACGAUAUCUGUUUCCAACUCAAUCUCCUGUACCUUGGCCAUUUCUGUAUCAACCUCGUUGACUUGCGCUCUUUCUAUAUUGUCCAUUAUACCGAUAUAUCCGUUGAGGGCUAUGUGCAUUCAAUCUUAACCGCAUGUGUUACAUCUAUUCUCCUUUCAAUCAUCAUCCACGAAGAGCGUCAUUCCCCUGUCGAACCUGUCGUUGCUGAUACGGGACGCGUGCAAUCCACGGAGAACUGGGCUUCGUUGUAUUCCCAGUUCUUGUUCAGCUGGGUCGAGUCAAUGAUGAAGGAAGGAUACAGACGUACAUUGAACGCAGAGGAUCUCAACGAAUUGCCUCCCGAGAAUAGAGCAAAGAACAUCUUGUCAUCUUAUCGAAAGCACAAGACCCGUUCGAUCCUGGUGUCCUUGUUCAGAACGUACAAAUUGACCUUUGUCAAGCAGUUCCUGUACUGUGCAGUGUGGAAUGUUGGUAUGUUUGGUCCGCCUCUCUUCCUGAACAAGAUCAUCAAGUAUAUCGAAAACGGCGAUCAGAACGAAGAACCGGUGUCCACCGCAUACUUGUAUGUGAUUGGUCUAUUCGUUACUGGUGCGCUGCAGACAUUGGCCGUGCAGCAGGCCUUGUACAUUGGCCGCACAAACGGUGUCCGCAUCCAAGCGAUUGUGAUCGGUGAGGUCUUUUCCAAGUCCCUGAGACGCCGCGACACCACGGGAGCUACUGAUGCUGAGGACGAAAAGGAUGGAGAAACUUCCAAAAAUGUCAACAACUUGCUUUCGGUGGAUGCACAAAAAUUGGGCGAGUUUAUUGCGUACUGCUUCUAUGUCUACUCAUACCCCAUCCAAAUCGUCAUCAGUAUCUACUGUCUGUACGAACUUCUCGGCGCCGCUCCCUUGUAUGGUGUUUUGGUGAUGAUUUUCACGCAGCCUAUCACAUUCUAUGUCAGCAAACGAUUCGAGACGCUGCAAAAGGAUCUCAUGGCGGCCACCGACAAGCGUCUCAAGAUUGUCAAUGAGAUGCUAUCGGCGAUUCGUAUCAUCAAGUUUUUUGCAUGGGAAAAGGAGUUCCGCACACGCGUGCUGACUGCUCGACAAACCGAACUGAAAGCCAUCCGUGCUCGUCUUUUUAUGUUUAUGCAUAUGAUGAACGCCUGGUUCCUCAUUCCUAUCCUUAUCAUGAUUACCGUUUUCUACAUCUACACUCUGGAUCACAAGCUGACGGCAUCCACUGCGUUUACUGCCCUUGCCUUGUUUAACACGUUCCGUGCUGCUCUCGACGAAUUCCCCAUGAUCAUUUCGUUCGUCCUCCAAGCCAAUGUAUCCGCAAAACGUAUCGAGAGCUUCUUGGAUGAAGACGAAGUUGAGAUUCCUGAACCAUCUUCAGCUUUGGAUGGUACCCAAAUUGGUUUUGUCGGCGAUGCUGCCUUCAGCUGGGAAAAGCCUGACGUAUCGGAUCAGGAUAGCGAGAGCAAGAUUUCUCUACGUGACCUCAACUUGUCUUUCCCUGUCAACAAGCUAUCCAUCGUAUGUGGUCCUACCGGCUCUGGUAAAACCACUCUGCUGGCAUCUCUUUUGGGCGAGACGUGGUGUGUGCGCGGCAGCGUUCGUCUCCCUCGCAUUGUUCCCACUCGCACGAGUCCUUUGGGUGGCGCGGUUUCUGGAAUUGCCUAUGUUGCACAAACUGCUUGGUUACAAAAUUGCAGCAUCCGUGACAAUAUCCUCUUUGGUCUUCCCUAUAAUGCCGAACGCUAUGAGAAGGUGCUCUAUGCCACUGCAUUGACUCGUGAUCUCGAUAUCCUGGAAUUCGGUGACUCGACAGAAAUUGGCGAAAAGGGUGUUACCCUCAGUGGUGGUCAAAAGCAGAGAGUGGCAAUCGCUCGUGCCGUUUACUCUCAAGCCGAAACCGUUAUUCUAGACGAUUGUCUCAGUGCUGUUGAUGCUCAUACUGCGAAGCACUUGUAUGAACAUUGUCUGACUGGCGAAUUGAUGCACGGACGAACCAUCAUCCUUGUUACUCAUCAUGUUGGAUUGUGCCUCAAGAGUGCAUCCUACAUUGUUGCUUUGAAGGAUGGCAAGGUAGCUGGCGCUGGUGAUCCUCAAUCCAUGCUCAAGAGCGGUGUAUUGGGUGAAGAGCUCGCUCGUAACCAAGAAGAGCAGAACGAAGCCAAGGAAGAAGCCGCAACGGAUGGACCUAUCCCGGUUGUUCCUCAAUCAUCAAAGAAGCAGCAGCAGGAUGGCGCAGGCAAGCUUGUCGAAGAUGAAGUUCGUGCCGAAGGCGGUGUCAAAUGGUCAGUCUACGAUACCUACAUCGGCGCAUCCGGUGGAUACACUUACUGGGUCAUUAUACUGGUGCUUUUCAGUCUUGCACAAGGAGCUGUAUUAAUGCAGGAUUACUGGAUUAAGGUUUGGGCUAGCGCAUACCCACCAGGAGCUGAAGAUGAUACUAGCAGAGACAACAGUACCAGCAGCAGUGUUGGUAUUUUCUCAGGUGGCUCUUACCUUGGUUCAUCGUCUGAGCCUGGUACUUUCAGCGUCCAUUAUGUGACUCCCAUGGUCGCUAAGGAAGAACACGUUGAUGUCAAGUAUUAUCUUGGUGUCUACUUCCUGCUCGGUGUUGUUGCGCUUAUUGUUACAUCCGGUCGUUCGUUGGCUUUGUUUAUUGGAUCGAUCCGUGCUUCUCGUCGUCUCCACGAGCAAUUAUUGGACAGAAUCCUGCAUGCUAAGGUGCGAUUUUUUGACACAACGCCUCUUGGUCGCAUUGUCAACCGCUUCUCGUCUGAUCUCGAAACGAUUGAUCAAGAAGUUUCCCCUUCGCUUUCCUUCCUGCUGUACUCGAUCGUGUCGACGUUUUGCAUUGUCGCGUUGAUUACCUAUGUCGUACCUGCCUUUGUCGUUCCCGGAACGCUUAUUGCCGUUUUGUACUGGUUGGUCGGUGCCUACUAUCUAGCAACAUCACGUGAUAUGAAGCGUCUCAACUCGGUCAGCCGUAGUCCUAUCUACGUGCAAUUCAACGAAAGUGUGAACGGUGUCACUACUAUCCGUGCAUUUGGGUCACAGUAUCGCUUUGUUGCCGAAAAUCACUCGCGUAUUGAUAACAACAACCGCCCAUUCUUGUGGAUGUGGGCUACGAACCGCUGGCUUCACGCACGCGUGGAAGUUGUUGGCUCCUUUGUCGGUUUUUGUGCUGGUCUUGUCAUGGUCAUGGCUCGUGAUUGGAUUGAUCCCGGUAUGGCUGGUCUUUCUCUGAGCUACGCUUUGACCUUCACAUUCCAUGUGCUUUGGGUCGUCCGCAUGUACGCUGUCAACGAAAUGAACAUGAAUGCUAUUGAGCGUCUCCACGAGUAUUUGGAUGUUGAUCAGGAACCACCAGCACGUAUCGCUGCCACCUGUCCUCCUGCAAGCUGGCCCGAGGCAGGUUCCAUCAAAGUGGACGACCUCGUCAUGCAGUAUGCACCCGACAGUCCUGCUGUGUUGCGCAACGUUUCGUUCGAAACUCGUCCUCGCGAGAAGAUCGGUAUCGUUGGUCGAACUGGCAGUGGUAAAUCAACUCUGACUCUAUCCUUGUUCCGAUUCAUGGAGGCUACCUCUGGUCGUAUUUGCAUUGAUGGCGUCGAUAUCAGCAAGAUUGGCCUCGAAGACCUGCGCUCACGACUCACAAUUAUUCCUCAAGACCCAGUGCUAUUCUCUGGCACUUUGCGCAGCAACUUGGAUCCAUUUGACCAACACGACGAAGCCGAACUUUGGGCUGCUAUGAAACGAUCACAUCUUAUCGACCUUCGCGAUGACAAUGACGCAAACGACAACAAGAAUGUAACGCUUGAUUCUCCAGUGACGGAGAACGGCAGUAAUUGGUCUCAAGGUCAACGUCAAUUGAUUGCUUUGGCUCGAGCCCUUGUCAAAAAGUCCAGUCUGAUCAUUUUGGAUGAAGCCACGUCCUCUGUUGACUUUGAUACCGAUCACAAGAUUCAGCAAACUAUUCGUGAAGAAUUUGUUGACUCGUCCUUGCUGUGUAUCGCUCACCGUAUCCGCACAGUUGCUGAUUAUGAUCGUAUUCUUGUGCUUGACCAUGGUAAGGUCAUUGAAUUUGAUACGCCCUACAACCUGAUUAAUCGGGAAGACGGUGUUUUUAAACAAAUGUGCGAACGUAGCGGCGAGUUUUCCGAGCUGCUGGCAAUUGCCACAGCAAAGUUUGAACAACAACAGUAGUAGCAAUAGCAUUCUUAGAUCUCUCUUCAUUAUCUCAUAUCCCUUGUUUUCUUCUUAUUUUCAAUACAUAUAUCUACAUGUACGAUAUCAAAUGUAUUUUUCUUUUUCUUUGCAUUGUGCCCUAUGUGGUUAUCACCCAUUAAAGUUUUGUUUUCAUAUAUAACACAAA